GACAGUAUCAAUUUGGAACAAUGCGGUAGCAGUGAUGAAGUGGUUCGAAUGCAGUGUAGCAAUCCGGAAUGCUCAGCGAAGAAGCUGUUUCAUAAGCUGUGCUUCGAAAACUGGGAAAACUCACUUUUGGCUCAGAUGCGAAACAGUGCUCGUGCAAGAAGUUGGUCUGAUAAACACAAUACAUCAAAUCCGUGGAACAAGAAAUCGUUCGAUAUUGCUAUGAAAACCUGUAUUUGCAAAUGCGGUCAAGGGUGCCUCAGAAAGGACUCGAAUCAGAUGAGCAAGGGCGAAGACGAUUCGAAAAAAAGACGUGUUCGCCGCAGGAGUGGGAGCAAGCUCUCGUCCGGCAGUGGAUGUGGUUCUUCGACGGGCAACAUUUUGAUCAGAGGUCGUUCACGAACAAUCAGCGUUGUUUCUGGCACCGCCAGCUCCGGAUCGGUUACCCCUGUGCAGCCUAUGGCACAUAGUCUUGGUGCCGUACCCAGGCGAAGUAUUGGAAGCGACUUCUUUUCUGAUCUGCAGCUGAUCUGUUUUAAUGAACGUCACUUUCAGAUGGAAGAUGACUGCCCACAAGGCAACGACGAAACGCGCAUAUUUGUGUUGACCAGUUUAGGCGACCGCAAGCUGCGUGAAGUGUUGUGCAUCUUAUGUCGAGCACACUUACUUGUCUACGAUCGUUACCCAUUGAUAGAUGGCACAUUUUUUCUUUCGCCUGUGAAUCACGGAGACUCCGGAAUCCACGUAAAAUAUGACGGCAAGGAGUUGUUCUUAAUGGCCGUUUGCAUGACAUGCUUGCAGAACAGCGAGAGGCUAAGUUGCUUGCGCUGUGGCUCCUCGGACUGGUUCUAUGGUGAUCGCCUGAUCCUCGGAACGAUGUACUUGUAUGACGUAUUGGCAGUUAUGCCGUGUUGCCAGCCGCCGUGCUCCAACUGCAAGCGUCCUUUGCCUAUUCCUUCGGCAUCGUGCAAUUUUUCUGAUUUAACCGAAUCCACCACUUGUCCGAGUUGCGGGACAUCUGACUUUCACUUCAUAAGGCGUCUUGGUUCCGUUCGCCUCACCGACAGCCCGGUUUCAUAA